GCGCGCAGCCGGCGCGAGCAUAUCUCUAGUGGAUGCGGCCGACGAUUCCGUGGCGCACUCCGCCCCGCCCCGACUCCUCCGCCCAACGCCUCGCGCCGCGGCGGCCGGCCGCCUCCCUCGUCUCGUCUCCUCCCUAAAAUGUCCGAGCGCCAACAAAAAGCAGAGCAGAGCCAGAGCUGCAGAACCUCAUUGAGGCCAUCGCCCACAAGGCCACCACCACCGCUGCCGUCCUGAUGGCGGGGAACGGCGGCGAGGGUGCGGUCGGGAAGGUGACCUGCGCGGCGUGGAUACGGCGGCGGGAGGAUGAGGGGCCGCCCGGCGUCAGCCGCCUCCUCGUGGCGUUCGGGCGCGGCGCCACGGCAUCGUCCCCGCCGCUCGUCGACCUCCUCGAGUUCGACGCCAGGGCCUCCGCCCUCGCCUCCGAGCCCCUGGCGAGGGUCGUCGUGGGCGAGGAGGCAGCCGACACGCCACGGGCGAUCGCUGUGCACCCCGGCGGCCGAGAGUUGGUCUGCGCCACCGCCAAAGGGUGCAGGGUGUUCAAGCUGCUUUGUAGAGAUUUUGGUAUUCACCUUAUUCCAAACGAUGCUUCACCAAUCCAAUCUGUUGGGCCUCAAAAAUGUUUAGCAUUCAGCACUGAUGGUACUAAGUUUGCUAUUGGUGGCGAGGAUGGGCAUCUCAGAAUAUUUCAUUGGCCAAGUCUCAAUGUGAUUUUGGAGGAACCUAAAGCUCACAAAUCCUUCCGUGACAUGGACAUCAGCUUAGAUUCAGAAUUGUUAGUGUCGACAUCUAAUGAUGGAUCUGCGAGAAUAUGGAAGAUUGAUGAGGGGUCUCCACUGAUCAAUUUGACAAAAUCUCUGGAUGAGAAGAUUGAGUAUUGUCGCUUUUCUAGGGAUGGAACUAAACCUUUCCUGUUUUGCACACUUGUAAAAGGGCAUAACAUUUUGACUAUGGCUGUGGACAUAAGUAAUUGGAAAAGAAUCGGAUACAAACGGUUUUCAGCAAGGCCCAUCUCCACACUAUCAGUUAGCUUGGAUGGGAAGUAUCUUGCACUAGGAAACCGUGAUGGCAACUUUUGUGUCGUGGAAGUAAAGGCGAUGGAGGUAGCUCACUGGAGCAAGAAGGUUCAUCUUGGCUCUCCAAUUUCUUCCAUUGAAUUUUGCCCUACUGAAAGGGUUGUAAUCUCCACCUCACAUCAAUGGGGAGCAGAGAUAACAAAACUUGACGUCCCUCCUGAAUGGAAAGUGUGGCAAAUCUGGCUGGUACUGAUAAGCCUCUUCGUGUCAUCCGCCGUCCUCUUCUACCUGUUCUUCAAGCAUGCAAGACUCAACUUGUUGCCCUGAAGAUUGGCCCAUGCUGAGCUUCAGCAUGGAUGUCGUCUGCCGACAACGACAAUAACUCCGUUUCCCUGACGAGCUUUCCUCACUCCAACCAUCACCAUUCAUUUCUUAAUUCUGUGCCUGGACUGUUCCACAUCGUGCCUUAGAUUGUUUUCGACCUCUCAAUAAGUGAAGGAAGCACAGCUCGUUGUGUCCAGAUCACCAGAUGUGUUACCUAACCGAGGCUGAUCAGUCUCAAGCCUGUUUCUGCUGGGCGUAUUGUUCAAUCUGAAUCUGAUAUGUGUGACACGCUGACGCUGUCGGCUCAUCA